AUGAACGGCACAGAGGGAUCCAACUUCUACAUCCCCAUGUCCAACAGGACGGGGCUGGUCAGGAAUCCUUACGAAUAUGAGCAGUACUACCUGGCCGAUCCAUGGCAGUUCAAAGCUCUUGGUUUUUACAUGUUUCUCUUGAUCAUGGUGGGAUUUCCAAUCAACGGGAUGACACUCGCUGUGACAGUGCUUCAUAAAAAGCUUCGUCAGCCUCUCAACUUUAUUUUGGUCAACCUGGCCGUGGCUGGCAUGAUCAUGGUCUGCUUUGGCUUCACCGUCGCAUUUACUUCAUGCAUGUAUGGCUACUUUGUCUUUGGACCCCUGGGUUGUGCCAUUGAAGGUUUCAUGGCUACUCUCGGAGGCCAAGUAUCUCUGUGGUCACUCGUCGUGUUGGCUGUUGAGAGGUACAUUGUUGUCUGCAAGCCCAUUGGCAGCUUCAAGUUUGGAACCUCCCAUGCUGGAGCUGGCGUGGCAUUCACAUGGAUCAUGGCUUUGAGCUGUGCUACACCACCCCUUCUUGGCUGGUCCAGGUACAUCCCUGAGGGAAUGCAGGUCUCCUGUGGGCCUGAUUACUACACCCUGAACCCGACCUUCAAUAAUGAGUCCUAUGUCAUGUACUUGUUCUCAUGCCACUUCUUGGUCCCCGUCUCCACCAUCUUCUUCACUUAUGGAAGCCUGGUCCUCACUGUAAAAGCGGCUGCAGCUCAGCAGCAAGACUCAGCCUCCACCCAGAAGGCCGAGAAGGAAGUGACACGCAUGUGUGUCCUGAUGGUCGUCGGUUUUCUCAUCGCCUGGGUUCCCUAUGCCAGCUAUGCUGCCUGGAUUUUCUUCAACAAGGGAGCAGCUUUUUCGGCUCAGUCCAUGGCUGUUCCUGCUUUUUUCUCAAAAUCAUCAGCCUUGUUCAAUCCCUUUAUCUAUAUUCUGCUAAACAAACAAUUCCGUGGGUGCAUGAUGCAGACAGUCUUUGGCAAAGCUCCAGAAGAUGAGAUGUCAGUGUCCACAAGCAAGACAGAAGUCUCCUCGGUAUCUCCAGCUUAAGUGUCACAUUGGACCAAAUUGAUCUCCUCACUAUUGUAUUAC